GCGGCAACUGCGACCUGUAUUGGCGCAAAGGCGUCUGGCAGAGUGGUCUGCGCGACAUCUUCAUUCCCUCGCUGAGCAUGGUCUUCUAGCCUUCUGCUUCUUCAGCUUCCGCCGCUUCGUCAAAGGCUCUCGCCGCCCCGGCACCACGAUGCGAGACGAGGAGGGCGACGACGCCUCUCCUCCACUGCAGGAACUCUCGCUUCUCACGCCGGCAGCGUUGUGCAAUGCUGUCUUCAGCCAACGAGCGAGCCGGCGUCUACGCCUUGCCACCGUUUGGUCGGCCUGGUGGUCUGUCGCCAAAGAGCUGAGGCACGAUCGAGUGGCUGUGGCGCUUCACAACCGCUUCGAAGAGGAGCACGAUCUCAUGGACCAACGCAUCAUCUACUGUCGAGAUGCCGUGGUCAAGGAGAAGCUGCGCCGUGAGAGCCUCGUGCUCAUGCGAUGGAUGUUCGACGUCCUCCACCGCUGGGCAUCUCUUGGGCGAUUCCGAGCCCGAAGCCAGCGGCGAGAGGAGGAAUUGGAAGCCUUGGUCAGUGAGGUGAAAAGAGCUAUGGAUGCCACCUCCGAGCGGGCGGUUGCCAUCAUCGGCCGCCUGCGCCACGAUCCAAAGCCUUGGUCCUUGCGGCUGAUCUUCCACUUCUGGGUCACGCUUCGGCUACUCUCCAAAGAAGAGAUGGGUACAGAGGCCGCCCAGAGAAGGUUGGACGAAGAGCGGGCAGAGGUUUCGAUUCUUCGCCGCUAUGUUGCCGCUGCCGCCUCCGAGGAUCAGGAGGCCGGCAACCGAAGUGCUUUAGAGGACUUCGAAGCUGCUGGCCGUGCGGCGUUGGGUUAUGCCGAAUCUUGGCCACCGAAG